CCCUUUUUAAGGUCACAGUUGUCAAAGAUUCCAUAACCUUGCUUUUGCACGUUUUGUAUAUUUUUCUUACUUUUCACGAAUGUGACCAAUUUUCCGCUUAAUUUUUACUAUGUCAGCUAAGAAGGUAAAAAGGUCGUCAAAUAAACCAAAAACGAGGAAAGAAAUCCGCAAAGAACAAAGAAAAAGUAAAAAAAGUCGACGUCAUGAGUAUUAUACAAAUAGGAAAAAACCGGGCCAAUUUGUGCGAAUUAAUCCACAAAUGGCUGCAGAAAUAUACGGUGAGGAAGCUACAAAACCAGCAAAAGAAUCUAAUCAAGGAAAACAGAAAAAUCAAGUAAAAACAAAGAUGGAGGCCGAAAAUGUCCGAGAUAAGGAGAAAAAACAACAAAGUAAAUUACAAAAAGACAUGAGCAAACAAAGAAAUAAACAAUUAGUGGAAGCUAAUUUAGAGGAAGACCGCACAAUACGACGAUUGGAAAAACAGUUGAAGUUGAACAAAAGAAAAUCAAAAUCGGUGCCUGCUUCGUUCAGCAGAGACGGCUUGGACUAUUUGUUGGAAGUUUGUGAUCCAGAAAAUUUGAAAAAUACGGCACUUGCUGAACAACAAUUAGCUGAAGUAAAUGAUGAGUUUGAGGAAGAUUUGGUUUUAAUGACAGAAGAUAAACCUUCUAAAAUUCGGAAACAAACCGACGAUUAUCUAAACUCAUCUGAAGAUGAAAUUGAAGAAGAGGAAAAUUUUAGUGAAAGUGAAACUGAAGAAAUUCCAGAUAUGAAGAAGCGAAAAAUUGAUGAAAUUAAUGACGAUAAAAGUGAAGAUUCAGAAAGUUUUGAAGAAGAGGAAAACUCAGACGAGGAAUCCCCUGAAAAAACAAAUGACGAUGGAACGUGGGAAGAUAUUUACGGCCGUUUGAGGGCCAAAGAUGGCUCUGUUGUAACGAGUCAAAAAUACGUUCCACCUGGUGCAAGAACGUUGCUAGAAAAUGGACCAGAAGAUAAAAUGAGGAGCCAAAAACUGGAGAGAUUAAAAAGGCAACUCAAGGGUUUGAUAAAUCGAUUGGCUGAGAGUAACAUGCACAGUAUUGCCACACAAAUUGAAGAGCUGUAUAUGAGCAAUAGCAGAAACGACAUGAAUAAUACAAUCACUAAUUUAGUGACUGAAGCUUUAGUGUCAAAUAUUCUAGCACCAGAGAGACUUUUAAUGGAACACAUUUUACUAAUCACGAUUUUACACGCGAAUGUUGGGACGGAAGUUGGUGCUCAUUUUUUGCAAACAAUCGUAAAGAUGUUUGACGAUUAUUUGAAAAAGUCAAAUGUUGAAGAUAAAAAACUGGACAAUGUUGUUGUAAUUUUGGCACAACUCUACAAUUUCAAAUUGUUUGAUUGCAAAUUAAUUUACGAGAUUCUUGAUACUUUGGCUGAAAAUUUUGAGGAAAAACACGUCGAGUGCAUUUUACAUGUUUUAAGAAAUGUCGGUUUUAAUUUGCGAAAAGAUAAUCCAAUUGCGCUUAAAAAUCUAAUUUUGAGUCUCCAAAAACGGGCGUCUAAUGCCUCCAAUGAGCUAAAGGAUAAUUCUAGAGUAAAGUUCAUGUUGGAUAUUCUACUAGCAAUAAAAAAUAACAACGUUUCAAAAAUCCCAAAUUAUGACACAACUUACUCCGAACAUUUGAAAAAAAUCAUGAAAGGUUUUAUCCGAAAAGGCAAUUAUGUCACCCAACUUAACAUUUCUCUGGAAGAUUUACUUAAAGCUGAGGAAAAGGGCAAAUGGUGGGUUGUGGGUUCGGCAUGGGUUGGCAACACUGAUAAAACCCCAGAAAAUGUUAAGGAAACUCCAAAUUCAUUUUCACAAAAACUAUUAGAAUUGGCAACAAAACAGAGAAUGAAUACAGACGCUCGCAAAAAUAUUUUCUGUGUUAUUAUGUCAGCGGAGGAUUAUUUAGACGCGUUUGAAAAACUCCUCCGUCUUUCGUUGAAAAAUCAGCAAGAACGCGAAAUUAUCCACGUGAUUUUACACUGUUGCUUGCAGGAAAAAGCGUACAAUCCGUAUUACGCGACUUUGGCGCAAAAAUUCUGCGAGUAUGACCGGAGAUUUCAGAUGACGAUAAAAUAUUCAAUUUGGGACAAACUAAAGGCCCUUAAGGACCAUUCCGCGACCCAAAUCUCACACUUGGCCAAGCUUCUGAGUCAUCUGUUCAUAGAAAAAGGUCUCCCGAUAUCGACAUUGAAGGUCGUCCAGUUCAGUGAAUUGGAUAAAGUCACUUUGCGAUUUGUUAGACAGAUUCUGUUAGGGAUUUUAUUACAUGAGGAUUUGGAUGUUUGUAAAGGAGUUUUUGAGAAAGUGGGAUUUUCUGACAAGUUGAAAAUGUUCAGGGAGAGUUUAAGACUGUUUCUGCACCAUUUUUUGUUGAAAAAUCUUGAAUCGCAUAAUGUCGAAGAGGAGAAGAAAGAAUUGUUACAACAGAGGGUCAAAAUCGUGGAAAAACUCUUAGUUGGGAGAGAAAUCAGAUUGUAAUUACUGAUAAACACACGUGAAAUAAAAUAUUUUUUACAAUCGAGAA